AUGGCAGGAGCACGGUCAGACUACGGCAGCGGAUCUGACCUUGGUUUGUUCACUGCGGAGGAGGCAGGUGAUAUCUCUUCGGGUAUCCCGUCUAAUAUGCUCGGCUCAAGCACAUCAGCUCGUCCCAUAAGCCCGUUUCCCCUCCCUCCGUCGCAAGCGAAUAAGACACCCUCGACAGUAACAUCCGCACGCCUGCCGGCCAACGAGGAGGCCGGCGAGACACGUGCCACAACUGAAGGAGACGACUUACACCAUACUGAAGACGUCGGCCAGAAGGAUGAUGGCCCGCUCGACUGGUACGUUGAAGGGCCGGGUAGGCGAGUAGGAUACGACGACCUGACUGCCAUCGAUUGGAUUUAUGAGUAUGCAAAGGAGCGACAACGACUGAGAAAAUUUCUGGCGCAUCACACGGGCCUGGUGGGAAAUCUCAGGCAGUUACUCGACGCCAGCCACGUUUGGUUCGUUCUUGUCGCGAGCGGCGUCUCCGUGGGAUGCGUAGCAGCAUUCAUCAACAUCGCCUCAGACUGGCUGGGCGACAUCAAGACAGGCUAUUGUAAAAAGGGAGCCGGUGGUGGAGACUUCUACCUGAACAAGCAGUUCUGUUGUUGGGGUCACGAUGAGUUUGCUCAAUGUCAAGAUUGGACUCCAUGGCCUGCAGCGUUGGGGAUCAGAGCCAGGGCCGGACAGUUUGUGAUGGCCUAUAUUUUCUUCAUUGUCUUUUCUAUCCUAUUUGCAGUCUCAGCAGCGACACUCGUUCAACAUUACUCGAUAUAUGCUCAACACAGCGGUAUAGCGGAAAUUAAGACACUCCUGGGAGGUUUCGUCAUCAGAAGAUUUCUCGGCGCAUGGACUCUGAUCACGAAGUCUUUUGGUUUGGUUCUCGCCGUCUCCUCGGGUAUGUGGCUUGGCAAGGAAGGCCCCUUCGUUCAUCUGGCUUGCUGCUGCGCCAAUAUUAUCAUGAAACCAUUCGAAUCCCUAAGCCAGAACGAAGCUCGAAAGCGAGAAGUUCUCUCCGCCGCAGCUGCGUCUGGUAUUUCGGUUGCGUUCGGUGCACCGAUCGGCGGUGUCCUAUUCUCGCUUGAGCAGUUGGCCUAUUACUUCCCGGACAAGACGAUGUGGCAAUCGUUUGUUUGUGCGAUGGUGGCAGCAGUGACGCUACAGGCUUUGAACCCUUUCCAUACUGGAAAAAUUGUCCUCUAUCAAGUCACCUACACGACGGGCUGGCACAGCUUUGAACUUGCUCCGUUUAUCCUUCUCGGUAUCAUCGGCGGAAUCUAUGGGGGGUUGUUCAUCAAGCUGAACAUGUUGGUGGCACGACUGCGUAGGUCUGCAAACUACCCGUUUCGCGACAAGCCGCUACUGGAAAUACUGGUUGUUUCGGCCAUCUCUGCGGUUAUCAACUAUCCCAAUCUCUUUAUGCGGGCUCAACUGUCAGAAUUGGUGUAUUAUCUGUUUGCAGAAUGUGCAACCAUUGGGAACAAUGACAUCUUCGGCCUCUGCCGUGCUACAACCGCUGGAGCUCUCUCCAUGGCAUGGCUCCUGGUUGCUGCUUCGUUUCUGGGUUUCUUGCUUGCGAGCAUUACAUUUGGACUGCAAAUACCCGCAGGAAUCAUCCUCCCCUCUCUGGCAAUUGGCGCGCUCUAUGGAAGAACACUUGGGGUGGUUGUCGAAUUGAUACAUAAGCACUUCUCGACAUCACUAUUAUUCGCUGCCUGCGAACCGGAUGUUCCCUGUGUCAUCCCAGGCACAUAUGCUAUCGUUGGCGCUGCUUCGGCACUCGCUGGAGUCACAAGGAUGACCGUGUCCAUUGUCGUUAUCAUGUUUGAGCUCACAGGUGCCCUUACUUACGUCCUGCCAAUCAUGAUUGCGGUCAUGCUUGCAAAAUGGAUAGGAGAUGUCUUCUCCACACGAGGCAUCUACGAGUCUUGGAUUCAAUUCAAGGAAUACCCAUACCUCGAAAACAAGGACGACGCAACUAUGCCUGAUGUCUUCGUAUCCAGUCUCAUGACAAGAAUGGAGGAAAUGAGGUGCCUAGAUGCAAAUAGGUCUUAUACUGUUGAGUACCUGCAAAACAUCCUGCGAACAACAUCUUAUCGUGGUUUUCCGGUGGUCGCUUUCAGAAAGGCGGUGAGCGAUGUCGCUGAAACAGGUUCAAACCGGCAAUCACCCCGCGAGAACACUCUUCUCGGUUACAUAUCCCGGGUCGAACUGUCGUUCGCCCUCGAGCGGAUGACACAUCCCAGCAGUCACCAAACCAGACCCGGUGCUGAAACACUUGUUGAUUCAAAAACACCCUGUUAUUUCACCUACCAUCCCGACAUUGCCUCGGGAUCUGGAAUCGACCUGAGGCCUUGGAUGGACCAGACACCUAUCACGCUAAACGCGAACAGCUCACUUCAAUUAGCGGUGCACAUGUUCCAGAAACUUGGCCUGCGAUAUCUCCUUUUCGUUGAGCGUGGCGCUUUUAGAGGCAUGCUCACUAAGAAGGACGUUUGGUGGAUUCUGUCCGCAUCGGCAGAUGGACACAAGGCUGGGGAGUUUGUUGCCGAUGCAGGCACCGUUCGAGACUCUGCUCUGGAAGAUGAGGGUGAGUCCGAAGAGGCGAGAGGCCUUCUACAGGCCACCUCUGGGGAUCCAGAUUUACAAAGACUGCCAUCUUAA